GGUUUUGGCGCAACGGGCGUAAUGGCAUCAAAAAGCAGUUCAAAGUAUCCUUCUUCCCCUCCUCCAAGGAGGUCCCUCUCCCCCGAUCAACCCAACCCUGCGGAGCCAAUCACCGAAGCACCAAGUCCUACGAUGGGCAGGAUAGGAUGGGCGCUGAGGACCCUACUUUUAUCACAAAAUACGUGCCUGAAGGACCGCAAGGUUUCCGGUCGAUUGGUAAGAAGAUGUGCACCAGGGACUGAAUUGGUCGACUGGCUGAUAGGACUCUCUGCGAGCAUUCACACGAGAGCCCAAGCUGCUGGGAUGUGGCAAGCAUUACUGGAAGAAGGCGUCAUAGCACAUGGUGAGUUGCUAACAUGGAAAAUACGUACUUGUUUCAAAAUUGAACUCUUCUGUCUCUGCCAUGUUCAUCAUGUAUUGUACGAACAUGUAUCCAUCUUGGGAGUAAAAUUCAUAUAUUAG